AUGGAGAAGUAUAUGUUCCGCUCGCUCUCUGGUAAUAAAGGACUUAUUAAACAGGCUAUACCAUUAGGAGAAAAUCAAAGGGGAGACCCUUUCAGUUGGCAUUUCACGAAAACAGGGCGGUAUACAGUCAAAUCGGGUUAUCACAUUGCACGACUUGAUGUAAAUCAGCCUUUCAUGGCUCGUGGCUCUGGGCCAGACAUAACCCUUCUCGCUAGCGUUUGGCGGGUCCGAUGCCCUCCAAAAAUUCAACAUUUUAUGUUGCAGGUGUUAUCUGACUGUAUUUCGAUCUCGGCUAAUCUGGGACGCCGUGGUAUUGCAUGUGAUUUAGGAUGUGUUCGCUGUGGAACGGAGGAGGAGACCAUAAAUCAUGCAACUUUUGUUUGUCCUCCUGCUCGUCAGGUAUGGGCUUUAGCCCAUGUGCCGGUGGGCCCACUUUCCUUUCCGACAGAUUCGGUGUAUGCAAAUGUGGAUCAUUUCUUAGGGCAGCAGAAUCCAGGGGCUCAUGUUGUGGCUUUUCCUUGGCUUAUGUGGUAUAUUUGGAAAUCCCGGAAUGCACGAGUUUUUGAAGAUAUUGUGGAGAAACCAGAGGAUAUUGUUAGGGUUGCAGAAGGAGAAGCUACAGGGUGGCAGCAGGCUCAAGUAGAGGAUGAUGUAGACAUCUCUCACCCUAUCCCUGUAGGUUUAUCGGGUCUGGCGGGUACUACUUCACUCCCACCCGUUUUCUCGGGCUAUCGUUGCUUUAUAGAUGGUUCCUGGAAAGCAGGAGACCAAUUUGCAGGUGCUGGAUGGUGUUGUACCUCGCUCCAGGUUGUGUCACCGCUGAUGGGCGCUAGGAAUUUUCUUCGAAGUCUAUCACCAUUACAUGCCGAAGCUGAAGCUUUUCUUUGGGCGAUGCGGUGUAUGAUUUGUCAUGAUUUCCGAGACGUGGAUUUCUAUACGAACUGCUCCGAUUUAGUGAAGAUGGUGUCUUCUCCUUCUGACUGGCCAGCCUUCACUACGUACCUGGAAGACAUCAAGAUUGAUAGGGAAGAAUUUUCAUCUUUUUCUUUAUCUUUAAUUUCAAGAAACGCUAAUGUUAGUGCGAAUUCCUUGGCACGCCAAGCUCGUACCUCUCCGCAUCAUGUUUUGUUUAUAAACAACUUUUCUUCGCAUUGGCUCGUUUGA